AUAAACUUAAAGUGUGAGACCGAAUAUCUUCUCCUAUUGCUUCAUUUAAAGAACACACAGGACUUGGCUCACACAAGUAGAGGCACUGUAAUUUAAAUAUGGAGAAAUUAUUUCCAUUGGCAGUAGAAUUGCAAACCAAAGAAUGAAAUUUAAGGUGAUUGGAAAAAAGAAACAAAGGCAAAUUGAGAAUAAGUUGGUAGAUUGAGCCAAAGUCCAACAAGACCCAAAAGGAACUCCACUAAGUUCCUCUUCAAGCCGGACACCAUUCCUUCAUCUUCACUGGGUCAAAACCUAGGAACACACUACUAGAAGCCUGUGGGACUAGCUUCAUCACAUGAACUGCAAAGGUACUAUAGCCUGCACAUGCCUUUUGACUGUAAGUGCAUUCUACUCAUCAAGUAAUGUGAUAAAAUUAACUUCAAUAAAUUUCAAUUCUCAAGUUAUUCAGAGUGACAAACUUUGGCUAGUAAAAUUCUACGUUCAUUGGUGUGAACAUUGUGAGCAGUUUGUUUCAGAAUGGAAUAAUGUAGCUACUGUUUUAAAGGGUAUUGUUAAAGUUGGUGCAAUAGAUGUGACUAAAUAUGCAUCAAUAGGACAUCAGUAUGAAAUAGAGGAAUUUCCCACUAUCAAAUUCUUUGGGCCUAAUAAGAACAAGCCAGAAAAAUAUUAUGGAGGAAGGUCAAGUACAGCCAUUACUAAUGGAAUCCUUAAUUCAAUACGAUUCAUAGUAAAGGAGAGACUAAAUAAACAAGACAAUCUAUGUGGAUCCGGAGGCCAGUGUAGACGAAUAAACAAUCAACAUGCAUUUGACUUGAAUGAUAGCAACUUUGAUAAUCAAGUGAUGGGAGGUGAUGAAUUAUGGAUCGUAGAGUUCUAUGCACCUUGGUGUGAACAUUGUUUAAGUCUAGAACCUGAAUGGGCUAAUGCAAUUAUUGAACUGACAAGACGGACUAAGGGAAAGGUCCAUCUUGCAGCUGUAGAUACUUCAGUAAAUGGAAUAUUAGCCAGUCGAUAUGGGAUUCAACAAGUUCCAACAAUUAAAAUAUUUCAAACACACAAUGAAACUGUUGACUAUAAUGGUGAAACAUCUAUAUCCGGCAUUAUUGAUAAAGGUCUUGAUUUGUAUGCUCAGAUGCCACUAUAUAAACCAUUUGAGCAAAUGCUCAGUGAAGAAGUCUUAAAGACAACUUGUAAUCAUCAACUAUUAUGUAUUAUUGCUGUGCUGCCCCAUAUUUCUGACACAGAGUCUAAGGGCAGAGCUGAUUAUUUGACCUUACUGGUGAAAAUAGCAGACAAAUACAGAAAGAAAAAGUGGGGCUGGUUGUGGACAGAAUCUGGAGAUCAGACGAGACUAGAAAAUGCUUUGGGUAUUGGUGGCCUUAUGUAUCCUACCAUAAUAGCCAUUGAUUCAAGGAGGAAAAAGAAGGUACUCUUGAAGAGUUCAUUCAGUGAACUUGGAAUAGUUGAAUUUUUUAGAAGACUCUCUAUAGGAAAUGUUCCAAGAACACCAAUAAGUGAUGUUUUACCCAAAAGUAUAAGAGUGAAACACUGGACUGCCCCCAAAACGGAGGAUUUGGCUAAGAAAGAUCCUAUUAUCUUAACUGGCCCAAGUUUUGAAGAAUUAGAAAACGACGAGUUGUGAGUCAACAAUUAACCCUUCACAGAAUUUCAACUGCCAGAAGAAAGUAAUGCUGUAAAGUAUAGCUUAAUUUUUUUCAUCAUUUCUUUUAAACAGAAGUGUCUUCUUAAUAAAAGCGUCUUGUACUUAAAAUUGAAUUUCAAACUUAAAUCAUACAAUAUUUAUCAACAGACCAUUAUCAACUAUAUAUACAACUUAGAAACAAGAGAUUCUGAAAUGAUACUGUUAUCUUAUUUUAAUGGUUACUUGUAAUGUGUGAAGUACAUUCAAGUAGAGUAGAAAUUAUAAUAAUAUUGUGUUCUUUACUGUAGUCUCCACUGCCUUUGUAAGCUAGUUACUCAGAUUCAAAAAGUUCAUCUGCUUGCACUUUUGUUU